UGUGUCUGUGCGCGUGCGUGUGUGUGCGUGCCUGUGUGAUCUGCUUGCCUGCACCAUGUGAGUGCUACCGGCAGAACAACGGCUUGAAACGACGGGUCUUCCAACGUACGGUUCGUGACAUAAUACCGUUUAAGAUGCUGCAGAUCGGGGAUGAGGUGGUGUAUUUCUCGGCGUUGUUUCUGCUCGUGGUGUUGGGCACGCGGAGCGCCACGGGGGCCUCUCUCCUCACCGCUUUCCUCUACGUCUUCAUGGUGAUGUUCCGGUUUCCUCCGGUGCCGGCGGACCAGGCCGGCCGUGUCCUCCGGCCCGGGGCUCCGUCAGGCGGGGUCUUGGUGGUGGCGCACCGCGGGGGCAGCCAUGAUGCUCCGGAGAACACCUUGGCAGCGAUCAGAGAGGCCAGUAGGAACGGGGCCACUGGCGUGGAGCUGGACCUGAGCUUCACGGCAGAGGGGGUGCCCGUCCUGAUGCACGAUGAGACAGUGGACCGCACCACCAACGGCUCUGGACCAGUUAGCAAACUGCAGCUGGCCCAGCUUAAGAGACUAGAUGCUGCUGCUCGUCACAGGCUGAGAGACAAAUACAGUGGAGAGAAGGUCCCAACUCUGCAGGAGGCAGUGGAGGAAUCCAUCAGACAACAGCUCACCAUCUUCUUCAAUGUCAAAGGUCAACCUGAUAAGGCUGCUUCAGUGCUUCAUGAGAUGUAUAAGAGGUUUCCUGUCCUUUACAAUAGCAGCAUUGUUUCUUCCUUUGAACCAAAAGUAAUCUACAAGAUGCGUCAGACGGACCCCAACGUGGUCACAGCUCUCAUCCACCGCCCUUGGAGACUGAGCCGCUUUACCGACGGCGCCCCCCGGUCCCUGUCCAUCUCGGGUCAGGUGUGGACGGGGGUUCUGGACAUCUUGUUGGACUGGGCCCACCACCACAUACUGUGGAAACUCUGCGGUGUCUCUGCCAUCCUCAUGCAGAAGGACUACAUCUCACUGGACUACGUUCAGUACUGGGCAGAGCGAGGUGUGGAGGUGGUGGGCUGGACGGUCAACACCGCUGUGGAGAAAGACUUCUACCAAAACAUGCUGAAGAUUGGAUACCUGACCGACAGUCUGCUGGAAGACUUUGAUCCUCAAUACUGAUAAACACACACACACACACACACACACACACACACACACACACACACACACACACACACACACACACACACACACACACAGGGAUGAUUAAGUGUUUUCCACUUUCCACAUCUUCUUAAUGAACUAAGAAGUUGGAAAUGCCGUAGUGACCCAAAUAACUUCAUGAUUGCCAUAAGAAUUACAUUUACUAUUUCCUUCUCCUUUGUAAGAACAAAACAUACUUAAAUACUCUAAGUGAAGAUAAUUACAAGCUAGAAAAUUGGUGCUACCUAACUUUAUGGUGGCAAUCAAACCACCCAAAAAUAAGAUUUACUGGUAAGAAAAUGUUAUUAACUGUAGCUGGUAUACAGGUAGUUUCCCUUUUUAAAUCUACAGACACAUCAACACAAUCAAACUCAGCUGUAUACUACCUUGUAUAUAUCCUACUACCAGCAGCAAUACCACUAGCUCUCCUGGACCAGGGAUUUGGAUUAGACAACCUUAAAGAUAUUUUUUCCCUUCUGGGCUGAUCUUUCAGAGGCUUUAAAGAGACCAGUGUACAUAGUUGUAGACAUAUUGAUAAUGUAUCAUAUCAUUGCUUGCUAUCAUGAUAUGUAUUUAAUAAUGAACUCUAGAAUAUAUAUUGUUAAUAUUAAGGAAUGAUGAUACUUGAUUAUUUAGAAACUGAAUCCUGAUAUGCUGUGAGUAUAGGUGUCAAGGCAGAGAUUAUUUAACAUGAACUCCAACAUUAUUUGUGUGAUGUUACGUCUUUAAGACUCUCAUUAUGAAUCAUCAGAGAAGGAACACUUUUUGCUAUUCAUGGAGAAAUGUUUACUAUGAACAGCAGUUGUGCCAGAAACGGACCUAGGUGCAAUACAUAUUUGAAGAUUGGAGCCAUGCAGUGUGCUUGUUAUAUAUUUGUGUUUGACAAUACAUUUCUCAGAGGUUUAAAAAAAAAAAACGUUCCUCUGCCUUUUAUUUCCUGCAGUGUAAAGAAUGUCAUAUUGUAAAAAGAGCUUCAUAGGCUUGAAACUUGAAUAAAGCCUCACAAUGUAAAUCAAUAAUGCCUUAUUAAAUACUAAAUGAUUUAA